UCAGCUUGCAUACAUUCUAUUUCUUUAAAGUACAACACUAAAUAUAAUUCUGAUGUUGUUAACACAAUUCAGAAUGACCUUACUCCUUUUGGCGCAAAAAUUGUCAUAGAACAAUUUCUUCUCUAUCAGAAAACUCACUAUCUUUUUCAAAGUUCUCUAACUUCUCCUAACACAUACAUUUUGUCAUCAUCAACACCUGGCUCUUCUUCGUACGACUGCACUAUUGAUUCCUGUUCUUGUGAUUUCUUCUUUAAAUUCCAUUUACCUUGUCGACACAUAUUUGCUCUACGGUCUAAUCUUUGUCUGCCACUCUAUCAUUGCAAUAAUGAACGCUUUAAAAGCACUCCUGUCAAUCCAGUUCUUCAUGUCUCUAAUGAUCACAGUAUCACACAUGAAAUCAUUCCAAUGAGAAAUUCCAGCACUCCUGAGUCCCGUUACCAUCUUACUAGAGAAAUAACUAAGGACAUCGAAUCUUUCUUUCCUUUAUUGGGGGAGCAUGCCUUUCAAACUGCAUUACCUCAUCUCAACAGAGUUUUCUCCCUCAUUAAAUCUGACCGUGCUGUAGCUGUAAACUGACCUUUCGGAGUUACCUGAGCCCGCUUCCUCCAUGUCCUCUGAAAGCCUUGGUGCUGCUGUCUUGACCACUUUGUCUCUACCACUACCACCUCCUUCUCUGUCUUCUGAAAGCCUCGAUGCUGCUGUUAUGCCCAAUUUGACUCUGCCACCUCCCUCUCUGUCUUCUGACAGUCUUGGUGUUGCCUCCUUGCCCACUGUGUGUGAAUCUACUUCAUCAGUGUCGUCUGAAAGCCUUGGUGCUGAUUUUGUUAUCGCUGUUUCAUCCCCUGCUGUAUCAUCUUUUGGAUUUUCUAGUGUUAAACUGUCCCAGGUCAAAACAAAAGGUAGACCUAGACAGACACAGGCUUUUACCAGGAGGUACAGCAAAAGAAAAGCUUGUCCACAGGUCUACAAUUCCAGAUUAAGGGAAGUCAAGAGGCAGAUGCUUCUGUCGGGAUGUCUCAUAGAUUUAACUGCCCUUCCUCCUUACUCCGUAUGUAAUAUAAAGUCAACAGAAGACAUAUCGGUCUUUGCCAAUGACAGCAUUUCCUUUUCAUUUAUUGAAAAUCUCUUUGUUCAAGAGGCAUGGGCGAUUCUGCAGGCCAGAGUUGCAGAAAAAAAAAGAGAAAGACCUUUUUACCUGCAAAUCUUGUGCAGAAAGGGACAAUGGGGAGUUUAAAAUGAUUGAGUGUGAGGGGUGUUUAGAGUGAUACCACUACCAUUGUGUUGGUUUGCGUACCAAUUCUAAACCAAAUAAAUGGUUUUGCAUUGCUUGCUGGGGGUAAUUUUUUUUAUUAUUGUAAUGUCAUUCAAACACUUUUAUUGCUUUUAAAUCACACUGUACGAUUUGUUUAUUUCAUGUUUGCUAUAUGAGUCCAUCUACUAGCUCAGAUUAAGUGCAUUUGUGGCAAUUUGUAUUGAUUACUUUACCUUCAUGAAAACUUUCUUUUGUUGAUAAAAUUAAAUUUCACACAUCAGUGAAAAUUGUUUUGGCAAUCCUUUGUAAAGUUUUGUGAAAAGUUUGGCAAUUGUAAAAUUAUUUACAUUACGAUAUAAGCCUGCUUGUGAAUAAGCUGUUCUAACUGUAUAUUAUGAUAUAGGCCUGCUUUUGUAUAGUAUAAGCUGUUCUAACUGUACAUUAUGAUAUAGGCCUGCUUUUGUAUAGUAUAAGCUGUUCUA